AGUAUUCAUUCAGGUGUAAUUGGAGAUUUAAAGAAAACACCUGGAGUCCUUAAUUCAACACUAGAUGUUUGGUCUUCUACCAGUCUUUCCAGACUGAGUUCCUUAAAGUUCAAAUCAAACUGGCAAAGCAAGGAUGUACAGUUUCUCUCCCGUCAGGGCUGUGUGUGUGGUGCUGUGUGCCUGCCUGUACCUACCAGUGCUGCACUGUGAGAACCUGCUCUGCUACUACUGCCCCCUGCUGUCGAAAGACAGGGAAUGCAGCUUCGUCCUUGCCGAGUGCCCGCCACAGGAGCUCUGCUUCACAGCCAGCGGGCGGUACGGGGGCCGGGUUGCCCUCUCCGCGCGGGGCUGCAUGUCCCAGCAAGAUUGCCUCUCGGAGCACACCGUCCCUCACAAAGGGACCAACUUCACCAUGAGCUACAGCUGCUGUGACUGGCACUACUGUAACUCCGCUUCACGCGGCUCAGUCUACUCUGCAACCGUCGUCCUGGCAACGGCUGCAGCGAUCAUUCUACCUGCCUGGCUAUGCUAGUGCUUCCAUGGACUUCAACAAUGCACCAGGCAUGGGAGUCUGGGUAAAUUUUUUUUAAGGAUGAAAGAGCAGAGGACCACUCCCACUGGUGAAAGGUCUCCAGGACAGUAGAGGGUUUUAGGUUUGGAAGCCAACCCUGUCCAGAAGCAGAUUUUCAUCAGAGGAACCUCUUGCACUGAAUAACUUUUUUUUAUAUCUGCUCUCUGAAUCACAAGUUAACAUUGAGAGUUGAUGAUUUUCCUCAGAUCCUGUGGAUCAGGACUGCAAGCAAAGUCAAAAUUAAACACCAAAAAAUGCAUUCUGCAUUGAUACAUUUUUAAAAAUUUUGUGACACAUUGAAUGACUUUUUAAGGACUUAUGUUCGAGGUUUUUUUUCUUCUGUUUUCUGUCUCUUAAUAAACAUGUUUUAUGUGUGUAUA